AUGUCGGCCACCACUACCGCCACCUACCACCUUCGCCCGGUGACGGCCACCCGCUCUGCCUCCCCCUCCACCUCCACCUCCACCGCCAGCGAUCGCAGCCCCCCUCCUCUCGGCGCCCACCGCCCACCUUCCAAGUCUAUGCUCCCACCAUCCACUCACGCCUUCUCCCCCAUCCCAACCUCGGCCCAUCCACGCCGCCCUCUCUCGCCGUCCUCGCUCCGUGGCCUUCGCCGCCCGCGGAAAUUCCCCGCGCCGCCCACCGGACAUGACCUCAUGGCCAUGUUCCCUCCGAAGCCGCCCAUGUUCCCCCACUUCCCCACCAGCAACUACUUCGACAAGGAGGAGCGCGCCUUCUUCAACAAAGCCGGUCCGGAGAUCAUCCGCUUCCGCCUCGACGCUGCCCCCGCAGCACUUCCCGGCGCCGUCGGCGGCGGCUUUCCCUCACCUCUUCCUGGUCCCGGUGUUGCGGCCGCGAGCCCGCACGUGCACUCGCGCGAGCGGUCGCGCGCGUCGUCCCAGGUCCGCGGACACCACGAUCGCGCGACGCUCCCUCCACCGCCAUCAGCCGUAGCCCCGCUUGCGCCUUCCCCGCGCUCGAUGGGCCCCCCCAACGGCGGCUUCCCGCCUGUGCCCAGUCCGACCGGUAUGCACGCCGGCCCUGGCAUCCCUGGUCCCGGCUACCCCACGCAGAGGCCCCCCGAGCACGAACGGGCCCCCGUGGGAGGUGGGGCGGAGUCGAUGGUGGUCGAUGAUGAGGACGACGAGGCUUGGAAGCGGCCGAUUCCCCACCACGCCCGGCGGCGCGCAGGGAAGCACACGCGCCGAGUGAUCGCCAACAAGUAG